CGCUGCUAGGGUUCUCCUUCUUCGACAUGCGCCUCUCACUUCGGUGCCCCUCCUUGCUUUUGCAGGGCCUCCCCCCUCUUUCUUUUUCCUGGUUUGCUUUCUGCCUCUCCAUUCCAUGGAUUAGACUCGUAUUUUGGCAUGGAACUGUAGAGGUCUUGGAGAUACUUUUGCGAUUUCAAAGAAGUGGGGGCGGCCUCGCUAUGCUUUGGCGUGACGACUUUAAUAUAACUAUUUCCACUUUCUCCCAAUCUCACAUAGAUGUGGAAAUUGUUGAUCCGGGUGGGGGUGAAUGGAGACUCACAGGGUUCUAUGAUUGUCCGGAGGCUGCUCGAAGAGAGAAAUUAUGGACCUUGUUAAAAUCACUCAAGGCUGCCUCUUUUCAACCGUGGCUGUGUUUAGCACAAGACAACAGCUUAGGAAGGAUGGAAGCACUAGAACAGGAACUUAAUGAUUGGCAGCGACGGGAAGAGAGUGCUUUUGUUCUUGGGAGAUUAAUCUAUGACAACAUUAUGGUAGCCUUUGAAGCUAUCCAUCAUCUGAAAAAUAAAGAGGUUGGCUGGCGAGGGCAUAUGGCUAUCAAACUUGAUCUUAGCAAGGCUUUCGAUAGAGUAGAAUGGAAUUUCUUAGAGGACACUAUGCGAGCAAUGGGUUUUCCUGAGUGGUGGAUUAACCGUGUCAUGACGUGUGUUCGCACGGUGGAAUACUCCGUCUUGAUCAAUGGGUAUCCAACAAAGAAAUUCACUCCAAGUAGGGGUAUAAGGCAAGGAGAUCCCCUCUCCUCAUUCCUUUUUCUCUUAUGUGCUGAAGGAUUAUCAGCUCUAUUAUCAAGGGCUAUUAGUAGAGGGGAUUUAAAGGGAUUGACUUUGUGCCGAGGAUGCCGUUGUCUAUUGCAUUUGUUUUUUGUUGAUGACAGCUUGUUGUUUGGAGAAGUGUCUGUCCAAGAAGCUGCAAAGCUGUUGGAAAUCUUGAAGGAAUAUGAGGGGGUUUCCAGGCAGCAAAUUAAUCUUGACAAGUCAUCUAUUUUUUUCAGCAGUAAUACUUCCAAUGCUGUGCAACAGGGGGUGAUGCAAACUUUGAAUAUAUCCAAAGUCAUUGCAGAUGAUAACAUCAUUAGCAACUUUUGGUGGGGUGAUAACACUGAUAGAAGACGAAUCCAUUGGUUACGGUGGGAUCUCGUGUGUAAACCUAAGCGCUUUGGAGGACUAGGCUUCAGGGAUUUUAGAGCUUUCAAUUUAGCUAUGUUGGCAAAGCAGAGCUGGCGUUUGAUGCAAGAUAGGACCACCUUAUGCUAUCAAAUUCUCAGAGCUAAAUACUUUCCAAAUGGGGAUUUACUGGGAGCUUCUGUAGGCGCUAACGUUUCUAUGGUUUGGCGAGGGGUUGUUGAUGGCCUUGGUAUUCUUAAAUUGGGCUCAACUUGGCGAAUAGGCACUGGACAGGAUGUCAGACUCUGUAGAGACAACUGGUUGCCUUCUGGAGCCAUCCUUCGGCCACGGUCCGCUCUUAUCCAACAGGACAUGGAUGAUAGGCAUGUUUUGUGGAGGAUCAUAUGGGAGAUACUGCCCUCUCGCAAUAUAUUGCAAUCGCGUGGUCUUAAGAUUGAGCACGAAUGUGGAAUCACUGUAUCUAUAAGCAUUCUUGUUAUUCACCUGCAUGAAGCAUUCGGGCCAUUAAAUGCUAUAUUGCUGAGUAUCGGGCAGCAACAAUAUAGGUUGAAGAUAAUCUACAGGAAAUUUUACCUCAACCAGUUUGGUACAGCAAGCCUCGGGGUAGUACUUAGAGACAGCAACGGUGGUGUGCUCGGUGCUGGUAAAAAGACCAUCAGCUUCCAAGGCACUGUCAAUCACGCAGAAGUCUUAGCAAUCAAUUUUGGGAUAAGCAUCCCACCUCAGUCUGGUACAGCAAGCCUCGGGGUAGUACUUAGAGACAGCAACGGUGGUGUGCUCGGUGCUGGACCUAGUAAUGUGCCCAUUAACUUCUGCAAGGGGCGUUGCUGUGGAUUAAUAAAGUUUAAUAGGAAAUCAACAAAAGUUGUGGAUGAUGUACAAAUACUCCGGCUUAAUAUUCAAGAUCUGUCAUGGGAGAAGAAGAAGAUGGCGAGUCUUAACUGGAGAACAUGUUUCUGGUGGACUAAUCGUUACAUAUGGGAAUUUGACAUGGAAAACGGCAGCAUAGAUCACCUACUUGGAAGGAUGCUCCAACAGAGCCUUGUUUAGAUAAAGCCAAUGUGUGAAGAUUGAUUAUCAAUCUCAAAGAAUAAACAAGGCGCAAAACGCGUGGCCUGCACGUAUGCAUGAACACUUCUGUCAAAAAAAUUAAAUUACUCAUUUCUGAAAUUACUUAUGAGCUUCCUCUUCUUUGGCAAUAAAUUUGAAAGGAACUU